AAAAGAAAAAAAAAAUGAUAGAAAUCUCAGAAAGCCAUCGGCGGCUGCUUGAGUUUUUCCUUUUAGGUAUGGGUAACUUAAACUGUCAAGUUCUUUCACGAUUUCUACUAGCUUUUUUCUUAGUGUUUUACUGUAUAUCUGGGCUUUCGUUCGGAACGGAGCUGAGCGUUGUUACAUGCGGAUCAGUCAUAAAACUGCUGAAUAUAAAGCACAAUGUGAGACUACACUCUCACGAUGUACGUUACGGAUCUGGUAGCGGACAGCAGUCUGUAACAGGGGUUUCUGUGGUGGAGGACAGUAACAGCUACUGGACUGUCCGUGGGACAAGCGGUGCUUUGUGUAACCGUGGUACACCAGUAAAGUGUGGCCAGACAAUCCGCCUCACUCAUGUCAACACGGGCCGAAACCUGCACAGCCACUACUUCGCCUCCCCGCUGUCCUCUAACCAGGAGGUGAGUGCGUUUGGCGAGGAAGGAGAAGGGGAUAACCUGGACGAGUGGACAGUUCAGUGUGGAGGAUCUGUGUGGAAACGCGAGGAGGCCGUCCGCUUCCUUCACAAGGCCACUGAUGCUCUACUGUCAGUAACUGGGGAGCAGUAUGGGCGGCCAAUCCACGGUCAGACGGAGGUUCAUGCCAUGUCAAGUCCCAGCCAACACAGCCUGUGGAAAGCCAUGGAAGGCAUCUUCAUGAAGCCCAGCGAGAGCCCAGCUGGCAGCCGAACCUACGGUCACCCACACACAGAGUUCUGAACUUCACUUUCCUCCUCUGCUUCUGUCUCUUCUCAUUUUCUUUUCUGCCUGCCUCUAUCUCUAAUUAUAUCUGUACCAGCCUCCACCUCCCCCAUCAGUAUUUUUCUCUUGACUUUUAUGUGGAAACUUGAAUCCUCAAAGAUGCAUCAGCUACAUUCAGAAGGUUAGAAAUAUGUAAACUGUUUAAUAAAAUGUCCAACUAGGUACAAAAAGACAUGGAGGUGUAAAAAAAAGUUCUCUGUUACAGCUUGUGGUUUUUUAUUCCCAACAAGUGUGGAUCUUCUUAGCUGUUUUCAUGUAUUAUCAUGCUGCAGCUGCGAUGGCAGCGGCAGUUUGCAGAGCAAUAAAUUUACCAUGCGAGUAUUGUGCUGAUUAGGACUAAAAAACAUUGUUACACUUGUGCCUUUAUUCUCCCUUAAAAGGUUUUGGGCGUUUACGUAGCAAGGUUUUGGAAAUGUAAAAGUUUUUUUUUUUCUUCAAAUAGUAUUUAAAUGCCACACACACACACACAAACAAGCAAGCAACGGUUAAAAAGUGUUUCAUAGAAAAACUACUUUUCCAUUAAAGUCAGUUUCAGUGUUGCAUAUCAAACAAGGGACAUAGGAGCAGUAUUAUCAGUGAAGGCAUGUUUCUUCUUUUAAAUGUGCAUUAUCAAAUUGGGUGCUGUUAACUCUCAGUGUAUGAUCAGUUUCCAAGUGGUGAGAGUGUUAAGUGUGUAAUUUUCAUGCUUUGUUCAUGCAAAUGUUUUCUAGACGUUUUUAUGAGCAUCAAACUGACAAUGAGUACCUCAUGAUAAAGAAUUUUUAUGCA